GGAGAAACACAAGUUGCUCUGGUCAUGUCGCCCUCGAACUUCUCAACCGGAGACCCAGACCACCUGGGAUCCAUUUUGUUCAACCCAGGCGGGCCCGGCGACUCCGGAGUCGAUUUCGUCCUCGAGUUCGAGCCGUACUUCCGUGCUAUCAUCGGGCCGCAGUACGAUCUGGUCGGAUUCGACCCGCGUGGUGUCGGCGAGACCACGCCAGCCCUCUCCAUCUUCAACUCGCCGGCCGAGGCGGAGCAGUUCUACAAGACAUACCCGUUCAACGUGAACGAGUCUGUCUCGUCCUUCGGACGGUUCUAUGCGCAGGCGCAGAUCCUCGGGGACCUCGCUCUCAACCGUGCUCAGCUCGUCGCGGAGUCUGUGGGCACCGCAGCAGUUGCGACCGAUAUGUUGAACAUUGCGCGUGCGUUAGGGCAAGAGAAGCUGAACUAUUGGGGAAUAUCCUAUGGCUCGAUUCUCGGUGCAACGUUCGCGGCGAUGUUCCCGGACAAUGUUGGCCGGCUGAUCAUUGAUGGCGUCUCCGACUCGCAUCAGUGGUAUUUCGGCGAGACGGACACUUCCUCGCUACUCGACACAGAUGCAGGCCUCACAACCAUCUAUGAAGCGUGCGUCGCAGCGGGACCUUCUCUGUGCGCCGUCUGGGAGAACAGCACGGACCUUGUGCGCGCACGCGUCGAUAACGCCAUCAACGCCGUGCACAUCGCGCCGCUGCCGCUCUUCAACGACACCAACUCAUCAGCGAUCACUUUCGCCGUCGUAGACUAUUCGCUCGUCGUGCAGAACCUGUUCCAGGCGAUCUACAUGCCGUUCAGCGAUGCGCCGGUCGCAGCAGAGGCGAUCGUGGCGCUCGAGCAGGGCAACGGAAGUCUUAUAUACCAGGGCUCGAUCGAGAGCGCCAUCGACGCGCUCGACACGUGUGCAAGCGAUGGCCAACCAUUCGUCGCGGGUAUCCUGGACACAGUGACUCCAAUUCUCUGUGGAGACAGCAUCGCGAGCAAGCAUCGCUCGUUUGAGCAGGCUCGCGCGGAUUAUGAGGCGAUGCUCGGGAUGUCUUCGCUCGCGACGGAGUGGUACCCCAUAACUUCCGGGACGUGCACGUCGUGGCCUAUCCAGGCGAAGGAUCUGUUUAAUGGCACGUUCGACACAAACACAAGCACGCCCAUCCUGCUUAUUGGAAACACAUUUGAUCCCGUAACCCCGAUUCAAAGCGCGCGAAACAUGUCUGCAGGUUUCGCAGGCUCCGUUGUCCUUCAGCAAAAUUCCACAGGGCACACCUCCCUUUCGGGCUUCUCGACCUGCACUGCGCUCGCCAUCCGCGCGUAUUUCCAGAACGGCACGCUGCCCGCGCCGGGCACGGUCUGCGAGACGGACACCCUCAUGUUCCAAGCGCCGAACAACUCGAGCGGUUUCGGCGGUGUUUCGAUCUCGGCGCGAGAUGCGCAUGUUCCGCUGGAUCUGCGCGAGGCAGAGAGGGUGUUGAGGGAGUCGACAUUCUUGAAGAAGAAUUGGUUUAGGAGGAGGAUGUGAGCGGAUGAUGGGUUGUGCGCCAAACAUGCGUUUUCGACUUUGGACAUACAAUC